UGAAUCAUCUCAGCAAAAACUGUUAGAAGUAAAUGAGUUCAGUGACACUGUCAGGACACACAGUUUGAGCUGCACAAAGUAAAAUGGACCAGGAAAAUGGGACAUACAAAAGAUUAGAAAUUCAAGAUAAUGGAGAUGAUCAUCCGCUAAAUUCAAUUACGCCCAGGUUUACUGUCAUAGAUAAACUGGGCUCUAAGUCUUAUCGACUGGCAGCCAUUGGUCUGGGGGUCCUAAGUGCUGUAUUUCUUUUGGUUGUAAUAGGACUGAGCGUUCACAUUAACAGGGUGAAUAACAAACAUGACAUCCUGUCUCUCAACUCAUCAGUAAUCAGCUCUCAACUUGCUCAGCUACAGUCAGAAUACAAAAGCCUGAACGAGUCCAGAAAUGAACUUAAAAUCCAACACACUGAAGACGUAAAAAAGAUCACAUCCCUGCAGGUAAAUUUGAGCAGUGAGACAAGACUGAAGAAUGAGCUAAGGUCACAAAAACAAAAAUUAGAAGACGACAAAACAAAACUCCAAUCUCAAAUGUCACAUCUUGAAGACAACUGUGGUAAGUGCUUGCCCAACUGGGUGCUGAUAAACAGCACAUGUUUUUACUUUGCUGUGUCUUCAACAAUACCACGCAGAGGCUGGGAUGGAGGCAGGGAUGACUGCAAGCAAAAUGGAGCUGACUUAGUGGUCAUAGAUUCAAAGGAGAAACAGGAGUUAAUUGUAGGGACUUUAAAAGCACUUCGGUACAAACUACCAUUCAGUUAUAAACAUGGAUUUUGGAUCGGACUGAAAGACGACCAUACAGAAGGGAUCUGGAAAUGGCUGAAUGAGACUACACUGACAGAAGGCUACUGGAUGGACGGGGAACCAAAUGAUGACAAGUCCAUAGAGGAUUGUGCGGCUGUCUAUCCUAGCGAUAAUCCACUGAAGGCCUGGAAUGAUGUACCUUGUUCACACCCACUAAAAUGGAUCUGUGAGAAGCAAAUAGAUGAAACCCUGUAGAAUCCUCAAUUAAUCAUGUUUCUGUCCAAUAGUGAGAGUUAUAAUUCAUCAAAGAUGAUUCAACAAAAUAACAUCAACAAUAAAUAAUCAAUUCAAUAAUAUACAAUUUAACAACAUGCAGAUUUAUUUUUAAUUAAGCACUUACUUUGUUCACUAACUCCCUAAUUCUCUCUGACUCUCUGUUUUUAGUUACAUACUCUACGUUCCUCAACCAAAAAAAAAAAAAAAUCUUUGCACGCUUCCUUAUUCCUGCUGUACUUCAUUUAUGUCCUGUUAGCAUCGUGUAUGUUAUGUAUGUUGCAUCUUAGUUCCAGCGGAAACAUUAUUCAUCCGACUUUAUACCGUAUGUUGCAUAUUGUCAUGAUGACAAGUACACAUCUUAGUGUACUUUACUAAUUUUUAAGGGAGAAACUAAAAUUGUAAUGAUUAAAAUGACUGUUAGCUGCAAAGAAAUGCUACACUACUUGACUAGUCCUAGUUUCUGUAGUGGAAACUGUGAAACACUGUGUAUAAUGUUUAUACAGUGUUUGUGCUGUCAGCUUAAUGCCAGUAUCCUCAACAAACUCUGUUUCCCAGAAAGCAACACUGGCCUACAAACAUGGCCACCCUGAACUACACGUCCCAAAACAAACUCUCUGCCAAGUGUCCCAUUAUUUGAGCAUAUCAAGCUAUUUAUAUGAUGUGCUGAUAUUUUGGCAUUUGAAAAUGCUGUGUUAUUGUAGUUUGUGUAUUGCCUGACAUUUACCUGUCUCCUGUUUGUCUUUGCCUCAUGAUUUGGAUUUAUUUGCCAGCUCUUUUAAUAAACUCUAACUGCAUUUGCAUCCA